AUGAUGCUGGUGUUACCUGUUUCUUAUUAUUCAACUUGGGGGGGCCCUUUCGCGCGAUCGCGGCUGGAAAAGGAGCAGGACGACAUCUUUUUAUUUGAAAAGCACUCCACUUUCAUCUGCAACCGUCAUCCGCUCAUUCUGGGCCAAAAUCCUGCCAAAAACAUCCGGCUCGGUCUGCCAUUGGAACUUCUUCAUCUGCGCCUCGCGCAAUACUACUGCGCCGUUCCGUCUUGGUUACACAUGCCGUAA